UCCGACCAGCCAAGUAUGUAAACAAGGUCAGACACACUGCAGCACACAGACCACACACACACACAAACACACACACACCUGCAAGCCCCGGUGUCUGCUCGCUUUUCAGACCAGAGGAGAACGAACACUGCUUCACCAAACCUCCGAGGAGCAAGUCAUCAGCUGGCCUCGAGAACUGGGUCGCUCUGCCUGCAAAAGCUGCACGGUCAUGUCUGUCCCCCCAUGGCGCUGUUGCAGACCAGCCAUGAUGAUGCAGUGUUUUCACUUCAUGGUGGAGCCGGCCAAAAACUUCACGGCCAAGAUAAAGGAAUCACAGAACAGAGCCAAAAAGGACAAGAGGGAGCCUCUUGGUGAGGAUCAGCUGUUUGUUUUGGAUCUGGCUAGAGACCUCAGCCGAGUGUGCCAGAGGUCGGAAGUCCUGGAGCACAUAUGGAACCAGGAGGACACCUGGUCAACUCCUCUCUGCAGGGUUUUCAUCCUUCAGUGGGCCUCCAUGCUGGAGACCAAGAAGAGGCCCAUGCAGACUGAUGGCUGGCCAGAGAUUAAUGAGGGAAAACUGCCUGAUCAGAUUAAUGAGGAGGACUUGCUGCAGGCCAAAAAUGUGAUCCUCAACUGGAUCAAGGACCUGAGAGCUCAGCCUGAGCAAAGCGUGUGGCCUGGGGAGCCUGUGGCCAAGGUUCUGGAGGACCUGCAGUCAGCCUGGCGUUGGGGCCGUGUGCCCAAUCUGCUGACUGCUAUGGAACUCAUCAUGUGGAUUUUAAUGCUGCAGCGCCCAGAUAAGGACACUAUACCGCAGCAGUGGCUCAUGUGGAAGCAGAGGACUCAGAAUAUUGGUGCCAUAUCCUACAUUCCUCAACCAGUGUGGAACUGGAUCUCAGAUGCUGCUGUUGAGGUGACUCUGGAUCUGGACACAGCCAACCCUGAUCUGCUCAUCUCCAGUGAUGAGAAGAAGAUGCGCUGUGGCUUUGAGAGGAAGGAUGUUCCCAAUUACCACCAACGCUUCGAUGGCUGGUGGUGCGCCGUUGGAUUGGAGGGCUUCGGCUCGGGCCGGCACUACUGGGAGGUGGAAGUGGGUGAGCGGGACUGGCGGCUGGGCGUGGCUAAAGAAUCAGCCCUGAGGAAAGGCUUCAAGUCGCUGAAUACCAACACCGGCUAUCUUACCCUGCGGCUGGAGAGGGGCGCUGAGCUGAAGGCACUGACCGUGCCCUUCACUGCUCUGCCGCCGGGCCUCAUUCCCCGCAAAGUGGGCAUCUACCUCGACUACAACCAAGGCCAGCUGUCCUUCUAUGACGUGGACAAACACUUGCACAUUUACACUUACAAUGAGAGCUUCACUGAGAAGCUGUUCCCCUUGUUUGGCACAGUGGAAAUCGUCAAGGAUCUAGUGAUCAAGUCCCCAGCAGCUAAGACCCAGUGUCUCUGCUCCACAUCCUGCCUCUGGGGUUGAGUUUCCUGCUGUCACCUCUCCCUCUAAAAUCCAGUAGACAUCAUAUAAACGUGUAAGGAACCAGCUUAUAUUAUAAUACUGUAAUCAGACUCAGAAAUCCUGAUGUAUAAGACCAUCAAUAGCUGCACUAUGUGACCAUACUCUAUGCUGCUGCUGCUGCUUCAAUGUGAUUGUUGCUGCCACUUUCUCACUAUAGAGUUAUCAUGUUACCCUUGCUCACAUGCAUAAUGUAUUUUCAUAUUGUAUAUUUGAAAUAAAGCCUAUAGCAUUGAUGUAAUGUACUGUGCAAUAGUAACCCUGCAGGCAGAAUGCACUCUGUGAAUAAUAAAUAAACCAAAUCUGUGUCUUGAA